AUGUCCCCGAGGGACGUCGCGGUCGACGACCGUCGCGACGUCCCCGACGCGUCCGCGUCUCGACCGACGCGCGGUGUGCGCGACAAGGCGUCGAUGAAAGAUUUCACAGAACAACGGUCCUCGAACACUGUCUCGCGGAAAUCGCGCUCGACGACGCACCGCGACGCCGUCGAACGGGCGGAACGCGCGAUGGAACUCGUCAUCCGUCGCGUGCGCGAGUUGGAGCGCAUGAGUGUGCGAAACGUGCGAGCGAAGGGCGGGAGCGGGAGAGUCGCGACGUCCGCCAGCGGCGCGGAGAGCGCGAGCGGACGAAAGGAAGGAAAGAACGCGAGUCGCUUGAGGAUUGGGGACGACGGGGAGUUCCCAACGCUAGGGGUGAACGCGCGGAGGAAUCUGACGAGCGCGCUGGAGGGGACGGAGGGGCCGAGACGAUUGGCGCCGACGGCGGUCGCGGAGCCUUCGAGCGGCGCGCGGAGGAUCGCGCCGACGGUGGUUUCGCGACCGAUGAGCGGGAGAGAGGCGAGUGGGACGAGUACAGGGUUCGUAGGAUCCGCGUUCGGGGCGCCGUUGGCGCGAACGCGGUCGAAGAACGUCGGGUCGACGUCGCCGACGAGUGGCGCGAGGAAGGAAUUGGAGCGCUUGUACGUCGCCGAAUCGAGCGCCGAGGACGUCGAGCCAAUCGAGCUCGAUCCAACGCUAGCGAAUUUGGCAAAUUCACACGCGGAGGCACUUCGCGCCGGGUACCCGCUCGAUCAGUCCAGCGCGCUCGCGCGUUUGUUUCAGCUACUGAGCGCGCCGUCAGAGUUAGAGGUGGAGACCGAAACGAACGGAGACGCGCGAGGGCCCGUCUUGCGCACGGGAAGAGAGGCGCAUGCGUACGCGUGCGCGGUCUUAUCACUCGUCCCUUCGUUGGCGUUAGCGCUCGGUGAGCGCGCGCUGGAGGCUUUGGCUGAAUCACGCGUGUUGGCGUCGCACGCGCCGGCGCUGCACGCCAAAAUCGUUCGAGAGUUCCGAUCCAUUCGCGUGGCCUCGGGAGAGACCGAGAGGGCGUAUCAGUUGGACGGCUGGUCGAGGGGUACUUUGCACGGGUUUGAUUUGCUCGACGCUUUGGCCAAGGCGAGCGAGCGCAGCUCCGGGGGGCGCGCGGGUGCGCGUGGACGCGUGAUACCGCUCGCCGAGCGACAGGCUAUCGAACACAAUCGCGAACGCACGCGGGACGCGUUCUACGCACUCUUACGAGCGUCCGCGAGUAGAACGGGAGGAUUAGGGCAAGACGCCGCGAUAGGUAGCAAGUCGCGCGCGCUUGUCGCGAGCACACAUCCGGCGAACAUGCGUUGGCUUGCGGAUUUGUUCGUUGCGCGCCUGUCGCAGAGCAGCGCUGUAGGAGAGGUAGACGAGGAGUUAGGAAAGAGCAUAAAACCCGAACGAUUAUCGCGGCUUCACGAACGAAUAGUCGGACCGAGCAGUGCCGCGUCACAGCAAGGAGAGAGAGGCUCAAACGUACCGCCACGAGUGGAUGGAAGAGGACCGGGACGUGGACGGGGAGGACGUGGAGGGCGCGGAGGUAACGUCCAAGGCGUACCACACACCAGCCAUGGUUUCGGGGACCUCUCAGCGUGGCCGUCGUUCGCCUGCAUGUUUCCACCGGCGCAGCAGCCGUUCGUGCGAUUUAUCGAGACCACGGACUCACACAAGUUCUGCGUCGCUUUGAAACGCUCUCUCAUCGAGGCCUUGCACGCGAUAGACCCGAAUUCGUCCCCGCGCAGCGAUCAGACGACGAAUUCUUCGGGCGUCGGUCAAACGGAGCGCAUGUUAGCCGCGCAAGCCAUUGGUUCAUUUUUGGGUAUGCUAACUUUCGGAAUCGCCUCAUCAUCUACGGGCACGACUUUGGAAGGGAUCGAUCUCGUUGAGACGCUCCACCGCGCGACCAGACGUGGUGAGCUCGUGUUGAGCGCUCCUUGGGUAUUAGCUUUCUUAAGAUUCUUAAUGUGGGAUGUGGACUCGCUGGAGAUACAGCAGUACGCAGCGGCACUGACGGAACUGCGCGCCAUCGCAGCAUCGCCCGGUUUGGAUCCCUCGGUAACAAACACCGACUUCAACGUCUCUCGCAUGUGUUUGCGGGCGAUCCUCGCGAAUGGUCUCUCGGUGAGUGCACCGAUCACUACGGCGCAGGCGGCGAGUUGGGUCGCGAACAACGUGAUGGCUCUGCCUCCUCCGCCUUUGGCAGCGAUGGAAUCGCUUCCGACGACAAGUAAGGAGGACGUGCAGAGCUGCGGUGAUCCGCUGAGGACGCAGGUUUGGGGCAUGGAGUGGGUUCCAUCCGCGUCGGCAAACGCGAGUGCCACCGCGAACACGCAGGAAGUGCCUGGAUCGCCGAGUGAUGCGGACGCAAGGAGCGAGACAAACAUCGCGCCAGACUUAAGUCGAAUGGGAGUGGAUGGUCGCUACGUCGAGACGGUGUGUCCCAUCAUAGAGCAGGCUGUGCGAACGAUGAAGCAGCGACUUGCGAUCGCGCACGCCUUAGCCGAAGAGUCGGAGCAAGUCGAACAUGCGGAGACAAAUUUGAUGGAGACUCCGUCAGCGCCCUCGGCGCCAGUAAAUGCGCCGAGAAGAGUUCUCGCCCAGCCUCAAAGAUUAGAGCCCACUUCGGUCACCAAAGCGGCGCAACUUCGAAUUUUCGGCAGUGAGACUGUGCUUGAUCAGAAAAAUACUGUUUCGCCCACCUUUGGCGUCGCUUCACCGGUGGCGGAGAGCACGCUCGCGUCGAUGCCGUCGAUGGAAAUGAAGUCAUCAGCCACAGAAAUCAAGCACGCGCUGCAGCGCGCCUUCUUGCAAAAUGUUCCGGGGCUGAGGCGUCUCGUCGAUUUUGCCGUCGAUGCAGCCACGUUAGCGGCGGUGGAUGACGCCACAGCGGCGGUCACGGCGAAGGCGGUGUCGAGCGCGCAGAUGACGGUGAGUUCCGCAGCGAUGCAGGCAGCUACGAAAUACGCGGAUACAGCGAAGAGAAACGGUACGACGUUCGUUUCCCACGCCGGCGCCGUGAUUGAAGAAGCUUGGACACCCGAAUUCGAGCGCGCUGUUGAGAGAUCGGCCAUGGCGGCGACUAGAGAAGUGAUCUCAUCCGUCGAGCGCGCGGCGUCGGAGGAUGCGGGCGCUCGCGCCGCUGCCGCGGUUGCGGCACUGGCAGGUGCGAGUACGGGCACGGAGUCAGACCGCUCUACCGCGUCGACGAGUGCCGCGUGUGGCGUCGCAGCUGACGCCGCGGCUUUUGCGGCGGCGGCGCGUGUUCGCAGCAAUUUGCCGUUUGAGCUGCACGCGCGCAUCGCGACGGAUGCCCGCCGGUUGCUCAAGUCUGCGCUUAACGACGCAAAAGAAGCCAUGGACGCUCAAGAGUGCGAUGCUCCGGUAAAUGGGACGAAGCAAUCAGCGCGCGAAGCGGAGUACGCGAGUAUUGCCGCGUCUGCGAUCGCUUCGGCGCUCUCGUCGGCGUCGAAGUGGCCCGCCGGCACGCUCCUCGCCGAGUGCGCUUCACUCAAAUCGCUCGCCGAGCGCAAGGUAGACGCCCUUACCCUCGCGCGCGGGAUUGAGAACGUCGUUGAGAGCGUAAAAAAGGUGCUCGAACAAGAUGCCAAGUUCAGUCGCGUCCAGUUGAGCAGGAAGAAGCCCUCGGCGCAUGUCGACAAGCAUGUCCCAGAUUCAAGACCAGGGGAAAAGCUCGCGGCGCUGCUCUCGCGAUUCGCGAGAUCUUUCGUCAAGAUCUUAUUGGCAGCACCUCAAAACGCGCUGUGGAAGACGACCAAGGCGAAAUCGGCCGAGGAAGGCUGGGGCAUCUCUCGCGAUGAAGUGUGCGAAGGUGUCACAUCGACGUUUGUCGCCACGUUUAUCGCCGCCGAGCCGGCGUUGAGCCUCGUCGAGGCUCUCGCUCCACCGGAUGCCCCGGGACCGUGGAAACGCGUGUACGACGAAAUUUUCGCAGCCGAGCUUUGGCUUCCCGCGUUACGAGAGUUCCCAGCGAGUCCGUUCGCCCAGCAUCGAAUCGAGCUCGUCUUCGCCGACGCAUUGGCCAAGCUCCCAAAACGCGCUGCACUGCGUGAGAGCUUUCUCCGAUUGAUUGACGAAGCGGGUAAGCGCGUUGGCAUACUCGGACAUGCGUUAGCGCUGCGAUCUGCCAUCCGUUUCUGCGCCGUCGUCGCCGAGACUUCGACGCAUGAAAAUGUCGCCGACUCGAGCGCGCUUCGCUCCUUUGCGAGCGACCUCAUCGACCGAUGUCGAGACGCCAGGGAACCGCGACUCGCCAGGCGCGCCGAGACGGCUCAAAAGGCUCUUACUCGCGGUCUCAUAGGGGCCAACAUGAAAUCCAUCGCCGAUCCGAUCGAAUGA